AUGUCGGCUUCCAUAAUAGGAGUUCAGAACCAUGAACAUGGAUUGGGGAGGUCAGAACCAGAAGGCAACAGCAGAAAUCCAUUAAUAAAGAAGGCCAGGAGCAUUCGUACUCUGUUCCAGAACACUAAAAUUAUAGUCCACGUUUUGGUGUGCAUAUUUGCAGUGGCAUCAUGGGCAGAUAUGAAUGGAAUGUGGGCACAGUUGCCUCUCCUGGUGGAGAAGGCACACGAAGGAUGGACCCUGCCUUCAUACAUCAUAGUCAUCAGUCAGGUUGCCAAUAUUGGACCACUGAUUUUCAUCCUCAUCUCCUGCCUGGCCCCACAGACAAAGCCAAAACUGGAGAAAGUGACUUCAUUUUUAAUCAUCAUUCUUGGUAUGGUGGCCUGUUUCAUGUUGGCCUUCCUAUGGGAGUACACGACUGACAUUGGAGGCAGCCAGCACAGCACAGCUCUGCUGACCCUCAACUUUUUCCUGGCUGUAGGAGAUUGUACCAGCUCUGUGUCCUUCUAUGCCUUUAUGGCCUAUAUGAAGCCAGAAUACAUUGCUACCCUCUUUGUAGGAGAAGGUCUGAGUGGCCUGAUACCCUCUGUGAUAGCUAUUGGACAAGGAGUUGGUGAGAUCGUAUGUAACGGAACAAUGCCCAUAAGCACGGAACCCAACUUCUCCGUGAGAGUCUACUUCAUCAUUCUGUCGGGCAUCCUGUUAGUGUCAGCUCUGGCUUUUCUACUGCUCAACUUCUGGAACUACUGCAAGUCAGAGAUGGUAACCCAGCCAGCAAGUGAAGAAGUAAUAAUACCCCAGCCCAAACAUCCCAAUGCCAUGUAUGGGACUCUGGAUUCAGUUUCCCAGAGUUCUGAAGACAGAGCAUCUAAUGGACUGUACCCAGCUGAAGAUGAUGACAAGGCAGAUGUGACCAAGCAUUCCCAUGCCAGUACAUCUGGAACAGAAGUUACAACCAGCACUGAAGUACUCAUAAUGGGAACAAACGAGUCCAGUCAAAGUUCCAGUCUCUUCCGGUCUAUAAGAAACUUAGUUAAAGUACAAGAUAUCUCAAUGUGGAUAUUUUUCUUUCUACUGGCUCAGAUCAUUUUCAUCAAUAUGACCUUAACCUCAUUCCUACCGACCAUACAGAUCUACUCAGUUCUGCCAUAUGGUCUGCAGUACUAUCAUCUGGCUACAACACUGCCGCAGAUAGCGAACCCUGUGGCCUGCUUGUUCGCCUUGUUCUUCAUGGCGGAGCAUGCAGCCAUCAUAUUUAUAGUAACUAUUCUAGGAGAGGUGGGUCUUGGAUACAUAAUUUAUGUCGCUGUCAUGAGCCCAACACCGCCCCUGCAUGGAGAGAAUGGCGGGGGAGAGCUUGCUGUAAGUAUGCUUACUGUCCUUGAUUAUUUGUUGGCUGCCUUAUACAUGUAUUAUGUGUUUAUGUGA